AGGAUGACUCUCAUCUUUAUUACAUCAUCUCUAGUUCAUACUUCUAUCCAAACGGUCAGGGAGCAUUACGUUUUGGGUGAAGACGGCUUGUGAAAGUGUAUGUAAUAUAGUGUCGUGUAGUGUCGUAUAGCCUUGGUACAGCAUGUCAGAAGUCUCAAGCGAUAUGGACGAGCAACAGCGGGUGGCAUCGCUCGUGGACGCGCAGACCAAGGCGUUGCGGCUAUUCAACGAAAUCGCAACGGACCUCAUCCGCCCCGGAGUGAGCGAGAAGGAACUCAGUAAGGAGAUUCACGAGCUUGGCGCGCGUCGACACGGCAUACAGACGCAUUGGCACAAGCGAGUCGUGAGAAGCGGGCCUAAUACCUUACAACCGUAUAACGAGAACCCGCCCGACCGUAUCAUUGAAGCUGAUGACAUUCUCUUCGUCGACCUGGGACCCGUCUUCGAGGCUUGGGAAGCUGACUUUGGCCGCACUUACGUUCUCGGAGAUGAUCCGGUGAAAAAGAAGCUGCGGGAUUCCCUCGAGCCGGUCUGGAGGGAUGUCAAGUCGCAGUUCGACCAGAAGCCGGACAUGACAGGGGAUGAGCUGUAUGCCAUUGCGCGCCGCGUCGCCGAAGCUGAGGGCUGGGAGUUUGGCGGGGCGAUAGCGGGGCAUCUGAUCGGUUCAUUUCCGCACGAGCGCAUCCCCAACGACAAGAAGACACUGUACAUCACCGACGGGAACCACGAGUCUAUGAAAUCGCUGGGCAAAGACGGCAGACCGCGACACUGGAUCCUGGAGAUCCAUCUCGUCGACCGGGAGAGGCAGAUAGGCGGCUUCUUUGAGCAGCUACUCACUGUUGAUUAAACAUCAAGGGCGUUAAGGCGUCUUACACGUAUCCAUAGAACAUAUCAGCAUGUGGCGCGCAGAGGCAAGCGAUACAUGGCUAUCAUAUAGACAGAGUCAAUAGAAGCAGGGGUUUGAUAUGGAAGUCUCGUCUCAAGAGCGAUGUGAACUUUCAAGUGUGUGAGCUAUCUGAAGACCGAUUGGCGGACUAUGAGAACGAAGCAGCCUUCCCUACGACGGGCUCAUCGAUUGGCGUCUUACAGGACGAAAUGAGAUAUCUAUCUAGCCUAGGUACUGACUGGAAUGCACACAGGUGAUAAUAGUGAUAAUAGUGGCAAAGAGACACCACCCCAGCGAGGCGGGUAGAAAACUAUGAUUCUCAUCAACUCACUACUCAUAAUUCACAAUUUAUUAACUGAUCGAGA